GCCACGGUACCCUUUCAAUUUCAAAAAGAGACUCGACUCUCCACUACUGAUCAACGCAUACAGCUACUUCUCUCACCUGCCACGAAGAUUCAUUCUACAGAAAGACAGGCUCCAGCUCGAAAGUGUCCAUUAAGAAGUAGAGACUACAUUUGUCAAGAUACUGCCAAUUAAAAAAAGGGGACAGGCUGCCUUGUAAACUGUAAAUCGGAUUAUUUCAUUCAUCAUUGUCGUGACAUAAGUGUCCUCUUAACAAGUACAUCCGAAAAGUCUUUCGUUUUUUGUCAAUCUCUUCCAAGCUCUGAACUUUUCACUGCGGGGACGCGCUUGACACCGCUUUGUAAAACUACAGCGCAGUCAAUUUCACACUUCGGUAUUACAUCGGUAUAAAAGGGACAAGACAACCGCCAAGAUGAUGAGCAACAACACACACUACGACGACCAGCUGCCGCCUCAGUACUACCAGGGCACCGAUUUCGGGGAAGAAGAGGACGACGAGAUGCCGGCCACAGAGAAAGACCUCGCGGAAGAUGCGCCAUGGAAGAAGAUUCAGCAGAACACCUUCACCAGGUGGUGCAACGAACACCUGAAGUGCGUCAACAAGAGCAUCAACGACCUCCAGAGAGAGUUGGGCGACGGGCUCAAGUUGAUAUCUCUCCUGGAAGUUUUGAGCCAGAAGAAAAUGUACAGAAAGCAUCACACCAGACCAAACUUCAGACAAAUGAAAUUGGAAAAUGUUUCGGUGGCGUUGGAAUUUCUUGAAAGGGAACACAUCAAGUUGGUAUCGAUUGACAGCAAGGCCAUUGUGGAUGGGAACCUGAAGCUGAUUCUGGGUCUGAUCUGGACCCUCAUCCUCCACUACUCCAUCUCCAUGCCCAUGUGGGAAGACGAGGAUGACGAGGAUGCCAAGAAGCUGACCCCCAAGCAGAGGCUCCUGGGAUGGAUCCAGAACAAAGUGCCCCAGCUUCCCAUCACCAACUUCAACAAGGACUGGCGGGAUGGCAAGGCCCUGGGAGCCCUGGUGGACAACUGUGCCCCCGGUCUCUGUCCUGACUGGGAGACCUGGGACCCAAACAAGCCUGUGGAUAAUGCAAGAGAAGCCAUGCAGCAGGCAGAUGACUGGCUGGGUGUUCCACAGGUUAUUGCUCCUGAGGAAAUUGUGGACCCCGACGUAGAUGACCAGUCAGUCAUGACCUACCUGUCCCAGUUCCCAAAGGCCAAGCUCAAGCCUGGUGCCCCCAUCAAGGCCAGACAGCUGUUCCCCAAAAAUGCCAAAGCUUAUGGACCAGGUAUCGAACCCCAUGGUAACAUGGUGCUCAAGCCUGCAGAAUUCACAGUGGAAACAGUUGAGGCCGGACAGGGUGAAAUCAUUGUAUAUGUUGAGGAUCCGGAGGGCCACACUGAGGAGGCUAAAGUUGUUGCCAACAAUGACCCAAAAAGGACAUACUCUGUGUGCUAUGUGCCUAGAGUUGCUGGUCCUCACAAGGUUAAGGUGCUUUUCGCUGGUCAGGACAUUGAUAAGAGCCCCUUCCUAGUGAAUGUAGGAAAAGCCAUGGGCGACCCCAACAAAGUUCAGGCCCGAGGUCCAGGGCUGGAGCCGGUUGGCAAUGUGGCUGCCAAACCAACUUACUUUGACAUUUACACAGCAGGUGCGGGGGAGGGAGAUGUUGGAGUGGUCAUUGUCGACCCUCAAGGCCGUAGGGACACAGUGGAGGUGAUGCUGGAGAACAAAGGUGAUAAUGUGUACCGCUGCACCUACAAGCCCAUGAUGGAGGGCCCCCACACCAUCCACGUCACAUUCGCUGGGCAACCCAUCCCCAAGAGCCCCUUCCCAGUGCAGAUCGCUGAAGCCAGCAACGCUAAUGCCUGCAGGGCUACUGGCCGUGGCCUUCAGCCCAAAGGGGUGAGAGUGAAGGAGGUGGCUGACUUCAAGGUCUUCACCAAGGGAGCUGGAACUGGAGAGCUCCAGGUCAACGUGAAGGGUCCAAAUGGAGCAGAGAUUCCUGUGAAGGUGCGCGAUGUUGGGGAUGGUGUGUAUGAAUGUGACUACCAGCCUUUACUGCCUGGAAAAUACACAGUCAUGGUCACCUGGGGAGGACAGCCCAUCCCACGCAGCCCUUUCGAGGUUGAGGUCGGAGUUGAGGCAGGCCAGCAGAAAGUCCGUGCCUGGGGUCCUGGCCUUGUGACCGGCAUGGUGGGCAAGUCAGCUGACUUUGUGGUGGAGGCCAUCGGCACCGAAGUUGGAACACUGGGCUUCUCCAUUGAGGGUCCAUCUCAGGCCAAGAUUGACUGUGAUGACAAGGGCGACGGCUCCUGCGAUGUGCGUUACUGGCCCACCGAGCCCGGCGACUACGCCGUCCAUGUCAUCUGUGACGACGAGGACAUCAAGGACAGCCCUUUCAUCGCUCACAUCCUCCCAGCAGCCAACGACGUCUUCCCCGAGAAGGUAAAAGCCUUUGGACCAGGUCUUGAACCUACUGGCGUCAUCAUCAACAAGCCUGCUGAAUUCACCAUUGAUGCCAGGCAAGCUGGAAACGGCAAACUCAAGAUCUACGCUCAGGAUGCAGAGGGCUGUGUCAUUGACAUUCAAAUCACUGAAAAGGGCGAUGGCACCUUCUUCUGCAUGUACAUCCCAACCAAGCCAAUCAAACACACCAUCAUCAUCACCUGGGGUGAGGUCAAUGUUCCCAACAGCCCCUUCAGGGUUUUGGUUGGUGAAGGAUGCCAUCCAGAAAAAGUUAAGGUCUAUGGACCAGGUGUGGAGAAGACUGGCUUGAAAGCCAGUGAGCCCACCUAUUUUACUGUUGACUGCAGCGAGGCAGGCCAAGGUGAUGUCAGUAUUGGAAUCAAAUGUGCCCCUGGAGUGGUUGGACCUGCUGAGGCAGACAUCGACUUUGACAUUAUCAAGAACGACAACGACACAUUCACUGUCAAAUACACACCCCCUGCUGCUGGGCGUUAUACCAUUAUGGUCUUGUUCGCUGAUCAGGAAAUACCCACUAGCCCAUACAAAGUGAAGGUGGACCCAUCUCAUGAUGCAGGCAAAGUGAGAGCAGAGGGGCCUGGACUCAACAAGACAGGCGUGGAGGUGGGCACACCAACUCAUUUCACCAUCUACACCAAGGGCGCAGGAAAGGCCAAGCCCGAGGUCAACUUCACUGCAGCCGUCAAAGGAGAGGCUGUGAAGGACUUCGAGAUCAUCGACAACCACGACUACUCGUACACCGUCAAGUACACUGCCCUUUAUCAGGGGAACCUGAGCAUCUCCGUCACCCACGGAGGAGACCCCAUUCCCAAGAGCCCUUUCAACAUCACCGUGGCCCCUCCUCUGGAUACCAGCAAGGUUAAGGUGCAAGGACUCAAUUCAGGAGUUGAGGUUGCAAAGGAUCAGGAGUUCACUGUGAACAGCAAAGGAGCCGGCGGUCAGGGGGAGGUCGGCGUGAAAAUGACCUCACCCUCUGGCCGUCCAAUCCCAUGCAAGCUUGAAUCAGACAAGGCUAAUGAAUCUACCAAUGUGAAGUACAUCCCACCCGAGGAGGGCCCCUACAAGGUGGACGUCACCUACGAUGGGAACCCAAUUCCAGGGAGCCCUUUUGCUGUGGAGGCACUUAUGCCAGCAGACCCCUCAAAGGUACGUGCUUAUGGUCCAGGAUUGCAGGGUGGCAUUGUGGGUCAACCAGCACCUUUUGGCAUCGACACCAAGGGUGCCGGUGCCGGCGGUCUGGGCCUGACUGUGGAGGGGCCCUGUGAGGCUAAAAUUGAGUGCCAGGACAACGGCGAUGGCACCUGCUCCGUCUCCUAUCUGCCCACUGAGGCUGGAGACUACAACAUCAAUAUCCUCUUUGGUGAAGCUCAUAUCCCUGGCUCGCCUUUCAAGGCCAAGGUGCGCCCUGCUCUGGACGCCAGCAAGGUAGUGGCCAAGGGGCCGGGCCUGGAGCGGGCGAAGGCCGGCGAGGUCGCCACCUUCACCGUGGACUGCACACACGCGGGCGAGGCUGAGCUCACUGUGGAGAUCGUCUCGGAGACGGGCGCCAAGGUUGAGGUGCGCAUCCAGAACAACAACGACGGCACCUUCUCGGUCACCUACACCCCGGGCUUCCACGGCCUGCACACCAUCACCAUCAAGUACGGGGGCCAGACGGUGCCCAAGUGCCCCAUCCGUGUCCAGGUGGAGCCAGCAGUGGACACCUCUGGCGUCCGGGUCUACGGCCCCGGAGUGGAGCCCAGAGGUGUUCUGCGUGACGUGACCACCCACUUCAUUGUGGACGCCCGCGCACAGACCAAGAGCGGGGGCAGCCACGUCAAGGCCCGCAUCAUCAACCCCUCGGGCAACAACACGGACGCCUACCUCACCGACAAAGGCGACGGCACCUACCGAGUGGAGUACACGGCGUAUGAAGAAGGUAUCCAUCUCAUUGAAGUGCUGUACGAUGACGUUCCCAUUCCAAACAGCCCCUUAAGGGUGGGUGUGGUGGAGGGCUGUGACCCAACACGUGUGCGUGCUUAUGGACCUGGCCUUGAGAAUGGUGUCACAAACAAAUCAAACUGCUUCACAGUGGAGACCAGAGGUGCUGGCACUGGUGGUCUGGGCUUGGCCAUCGAGGGACCAUCAGAGUCUAAGAUGUCCUGCAAAGAUAACAAGGACGGCAGCUGCAGCGUGGAGUAUGUGCCCUUCACUCCCGGUGACUACGACGUCAACAUCACCUACGGAGGCCAGCCCAUCCCAGGCAGUCCAUUCCAUGUGCCGGUGAGGGACAUAGUUGACCCCAGCAAGGUGAAGUGCUCCGGACCCGGACUGGCCCCUGGUGUGAGGGCUCACCAUCCACAGACCUUCACGGUGGACAGCCGACAGGCAGGACAGGCCCCACUGGACGUCAAGCUCUACGGCCCAUCAGGGGCUACUGAGCCUGUUCAGGUCAUGAACAAUGAUGAUGGAACGCACACGGUCAACUACACACCCGCCCAGGAAGGUCCUUACGCCGUGUCUGUGAAAUACGCUGACCAGGAAGUCCCCCGCAGCCCAUUCAAGGUCAGUGCAGGCCCAGCACACGAUGCCAGCAAAGUCCGUGCCAGCGGUCCUGGUCUGGACACCUCUGGGGUGGCCGCCAGCCUGCCGGUGGAAUUCACCAUCGACGCCCGCGAUGCCGGCGAGGGCCUGCUCACCGUCCAGAUCCUGGAUCCCGAGGGCAAGCCUAAGAAGGCCAGCAUCCACGACAACAUGGACGGCACUUAUACUGUGUCCUAUCUGCCCGACAUGACCGGUCACUACACCAUCACCAUCAAGUAUGGUGGCGAUGAGAUCCCUUACUCCCCCUACCGCAUCCAGUCUCUGCCCACUGGAGACGCCAGCCAAUGCCUCCUCACAGUGUCCAUUGGAGGACACAGAGUCGCGAACCUUGGGCCCAAAAUCCAGAUGGCCCAGGACACUGUCAUCACAGUGGACGCCAAGUCCGCUGGGAAAGGCAAGGUGACCUGCACUGUGCAGACACCCAACGGCAUGGAGAUGGACAUGGAUGUGGUGGAGAACCCCGACGGCACCUUCGACAUCUACUACACAGCGCCCGAGCCGGGCAAGUACGUCAUCACCAUCCGCUUCGGAGGACGGCACAUUCCCAACAGCCCAUUCCACGUCACGGCCACCAAGGAGCCAGUCGUCCCUAGAGAAGACUUAGAGGGCAUGUUCCGCCCCCUCAAUCUUGUCAUCCCCUUCACCGUGCAGCAGGGAAAGAUUACAGGCGAGGUGCGUAUGCCUUCUGGUAAGAAAGCAUGCCCUCAGAUCACGGACAACAAGGACGGCACAGUGACUGUGAAGUACGCUCCCACUGAGAAGGGCCUGCACGAGAUGGACAUCAAAUACGAAGGCAACCACAUCCCAGGAAGUCCUCUGCAGUUCUAUGUGGAUGCCAUGAACACUGGUCAGGUGACAGCUUAUGGUCCUGGUCUGUGCCACGGCACUGUCAACAAGCCAGCCACCUUCACCGUGGUCACCAAGAAUGCUGGGGAAGGUGGUCUUUCUCUGGCUGUGGAAGGACCUUCAAAGGCUGAGAUCACCUGCAAGGACAACAAAGAUGGAACCUGUACUGUGUCUUACCUGCCCACUGCACCUGGCGACUACAGCAUCAUUGUGAAGUUCGACAACAAGCACAUUGCUGGCAGCCCCUUCACUGCCAAGAUCACAGGUGAUGAGUCGCUCAGGACAUCCCAGCUGAACGUCGGCACAGCAGCAGACGUCUCGCUGAAGAUCACAGAGACAGACCUGAGCUCCCUGACGGCCAGCAUCAGAGCACCGUCCGGCAAAGAGGAGCCCUGUCUGCUGAAGAGACUUCCCAACAGGCACAUUGGAAUCUCCUUCACCCCUAAGGAGGUGGGUGAGCAUGUGGUUAGCGUGAUGAAGAGUGGAAAGCAUGUGACAAACAGCCCCUUCAAGAUCAUGGUGGGUCAAUCAGAGAUCGGAGACGCCAGCCGGGUCAAGGCCUUCGGCAAGGGCCUGGUGGAAGGCCACACCUUCGAGUUGGCUGAGUUCUUUGUGGACACCAGGAAUGCAGGCUAUGGUGGACUGGGGCUGUCUAUUGAGGGUCCGAGCAAAGUGGAUAUUAACUGUGAAGAUGCAGAGGAUGGGACAUGCAAGGUGACAUACUGCCCAACAGAGCCUGGCAACUACAUCAUCAACAUCAAGUUUGCCGACAAGCACAUCCCAGGAAGUCCUUUCACAGUGAAGGUGACAGGAGAAGGCAGGAUGAAAGAGAGCAUCAUGAGGAAGAGACAUGCUCCCUCUAUCGCGCCCGUGGGCAGCACAUGCGACCUUAACCUCAAAAUCCCAGGAAACUGGUUCCAGAUGGUGUCCGCUCAGGAGCGUCUGACCCGCACGUUUACACGCAGCAGCCACACCUACACCCGCACCGAGCGUACCGAGAUCAGCAAGGUGCGCGGCGGCGAGACCAAGCGGGAGGUGCGCGUGGAGGAGAGCACGCAGGUCGGCGGCGACCCCUUCCGGGACAUCUUCGGCGACUUCCUGGGAAGGGAGAGGAUGGGCAGCUUCGGAAGCCUGACCACUAGAGCAGAAGGAGAAGCUGGGGUGCAGCCACUGACCGCUCAGGUGACCAGCCCUGGGGGUAAGAUCGCAGAUGCAGAGAUCGUGGACGGAGGGGACAGCACCUACAGUGUGCGUUUCGUGCCCCAGGAGACUGGCCCCCACACCGUCAACGUGAAGUACAGGGGCCAGCACGUCCCUGGCAGCCCCUUCCAGUUCACCGUGGGGCCCCUGGGAGAAGGAGGUGCCCACAAGGUGCGGGCUGGAGGCACUGGACUGGCCAGAGGAGUGGCCGGAGUUGCAUCUGAAUUUAGCGUGUGGACACGAGAAGCUGGCGCUGGAGGACUUUCCAUCGCAGUGGAAGGGCCCAGCAAAGCUGAGAUCUCCUUUGAAGACCGGAAGGACGGCUCCUGUGGAGUUUCUUACAUGGUGCAGGAACCAGGUGACUAUGAGGUGUCAAUCAAGUUCAACAACGAGCAUAUCCCUGACAGCCCCUUUGUCGUGCCGAUUGCCUCUCUAUCUGACGACGCACGCCGACUCACUGUCACGAGCUUGCAGGAGAAGGACCUGAAGGUGAACCAGGAGGCCUCCUUUGCUGUGCAGAGGAACGGGGCACGGGGCGUUGUCGAGGCCAAGGUCCACACGCCAUCCGGCAGAGCUGAGGAGUGUUUCGUCACAGAGCUAGACAGCGACAAGAAUGCAAUCAGCUUCAUUCCACGGGAGAACGGCGUCCACUCCAUCGAUGUCAAAUUUAACGGAAGCCACAUUCCUGGAAGUCCCUUCAAUGUGCGUGUGGGCGAACCUGACCAAGCCGCAGACCCAGGCAGAGUGUCCGCCUACGGACCUGGCCUGCAGGGAGGCACCACAGGUGUGCCUGCGGAGUUUGUGGUGAAUAUCUGCAAUGCUGGAUCCGGGGCCCUGUCGGUCACUAUUGAUGGUCCCUCCAAAGCUAAGAUGGACUGCAUGGAAUGUGCAGAGGGCUACAAGAUCAGCUACACACCAAUGGCACCAGGGAACUAUCUCAUCUCCAUCAAGUAUGGAGGACCACAGCAUAUCGUGGGCAGUCCCUUCAAAGCCAAAGUUACAGGUGCACGUCUGUCGGGAGGCCACAGCAUGCAUGAGACCUCCACGGUGCUGGUGGAGACUGUCACCAAGACCUCUAAGAUGGCUGGCGCCUACAGCUCCAUGUCCAGUGCCAGCAGUGCCGCCGCGGCCGCCGCCAAGCCCACAUCGGACGCCAGCAAGGUAGUGUGUCGAGGGCCCGGCCUCUCCAAAGCUCUCGUGGGUCAGAAGAACAACUUCAGCGUGGAUUGCAGCAAAGCAGGUACCAACAUGCUGAUGGUCGGCGUGCACGGCCCGAGAACUCCGUGCGAAGAGGUGUAUGUGAAGCACGUGGGCAACCGCCUCUACAAUGUCACCUACACAGUGAGGGAGAAGGGCAACUACAUGGUCAUCGUCAAGUGGGGAGAUGACACGGUUCCAGGGAGCCCCUUCCAAGUGGCCGUCCCCUGAACACGUCCCCCGGCCCCCCAUCUUGACCUGUCCCUUUUCCACCGCCACCCCAAAGUGCUACGCUGCUAUGCACACCUCUGUGGACUGAUUCCCCCAUCUCAAUAUGCACUAAAAAAUGCAAAAAACACAAACAAAAAACAGACUUUUUUUCUCUGUUGUGGGGGAAAAAAUGAGAAUCUCACAUUUUUGUGCCAAAUAUUUUAUAUUAACUCUCUGUGCUGUUCUAGAGUACUUCCUCUUUGACAUAGCUGUGUUCACCCUCCCUAAAGCCACUUCCAUAUAAGGCCAACCAGUAUUUCCUCCAUUUAAAUCAAUGUCACACACCUGCUGCAGUCAAAUCAAUCAUUGUUUUUUUGCACAAUUUGCAAGUCAGUCAUGUUCAGCUGUGACAAGACAUGCACACUCUUACACUUAACACUAUCAAACCAACCAUCACAUUUAAACAUUUGGCUUGGCAACAUCACUGUACUGGAAAGAUGUCUCUGGCAAAUUGACACAUUUUACAGACAUUGUGAAUGAUAGCAAUUCUCAACAUGAAGUGAGCAUCUUGCUUCUUGUGUCUACAAUUGGGAGGAUUUGGGUGGCCAGGGCUUAAUGUGUGAAUGUUAAACAGUAUUAAAGUGUGUUGUUGUAUGGUUUUAUAUGCUUUAUAAUAAGUUUGUUUUUUGUUAUAUUAACCAAUUGUAAUGGUAAUUUCCUGCAGAUCUAAUAAAAAAAAAACUCAACUGCCAA